UUUUUGAGUCCUCUAGGUAGGUAUGUAUGACUACACACAUUUUCACAACGAUGUGAAUUUUAGGGGGUGGCUGUCAUCACUAUCAAAUUCAUGUAGCAAAUUUCCAGCAACCAUUUUUAUCCAUUAGGAAAAACAAGGGUCAUAGUAGGAAACUUCCUUGGUGGAAUCUGAGAAGCUGCCUGAUUUAAGACCAGAAACAACUGUGUCAGCUUCCAAGCAAGCACAAACACUCUGAAGUUUGCUUUUUUUCCUUAAAGAGCAGGUAUUGGUUGGAAACGUGAUUUAAAUGGCAGUUCAUUAGGUCAAACGUGUGAAUUAGCUAGGGGAAGUGCUUAGGGAAGCGCCCUAACAGGAGCACCAGUCUGGCCGCCUUCCGGGCUUUGUUAAAGUGCGCACGCGCUGUAACGCCCAGGCCGCGGUAGGAGGCGGGACACGCAGGCGUGACGUCACCGUGCGCCGUACCCGAGGCCGCGAUGGCGUCUCCUCGAGAGUCCUUGGUGGAGGAUCCAGAGGAGGAUCCGCUGCGGAGCUUUGUGAGAGUUUUGGAGAAACGAGAUGGCACGGUGCUACGACUGCAGCAGUAUAGCGCCGGCGGCGUGGGUUGCGUUGUCUGGGAUGCUGCCAUUGUCCUUUCCAAAUACCUGGAAACGCCUGGGUUUUCGGGCGACGGGACCCACGCGCUGAGCCGACGGUCGGUGCUGGAGCUGGGCUCGGGCACUGGGGCCGUGGGGCUAAUGGCCGCUACGCUUGGGGCUGAUGUUGUAGUCACCGAUCUUGAGGAACUGCAAGACUUGCUGAAGAUGAAUAUUAGUAUGAACAAGCAUCUUGUCACUGGUUCUGUUCAAGCCAAGGUACUGAAAUGGGGAUCAGAAAUAGAAGACUUUCCUUCACCAGACUACAUACUGAUGGCUGACUGCAUAUACUACGAAGAGUCUUUGGAGCCACUGCUGAAAACUCUAAAAGAUCUCAGUGGAUCUGAAACUUGUAUUAUAUGUUGCUAUGAACAACGUACAAUGGGGAAAAAUCCAGAAAUUGAGAAAAAAUAUUUUGAGCUCCUUCAGCUAGACUUUGACUUUGAAAAAAUUCCUUUGGAAAAACAUGAUGAAGAGUACCAAAGCGAAGAUAUUCACAUUAUAUACAUCAGAAAGAAAAAAUCAGGCUCCAUUUGAGGAGAAUAAGCAGCCCACUCUCUGGAGUGAGCAGGACCUCGGCUGCAGCUGCAUGGAAGGGAGUGGAGAUCACCGCACGGCCCUUCGGCCUUUCCUGUCUUAUGAAGCUUGCUCCUCUCGCUCUUCCUCUGCACAGAGGACCAGCAGAGGCAGUGGGUCACCGGCUGCCUUCAUGUUUUGUUCGGUGACUUGAGCCUGUGGCUGGUGCUUGGGAUCCCCCCAGCCGCCCACUAUCCUGUACAAGAGUCGGCCCUGCAGGGAGCAUUGCAGGACAGAGCCUGGGACGUGACAAGUGCUUUAUAUAUACUUAGUAGUCUUGCUACAGGAGCACAGAGAAAUGACCUCGGUUUCCAGAGGAUUUCAUUUGACACCUUGGCUCGAUGCGAUCUUCCUAACCUUCUGAAAGAGUUUAGAGAUGCAGGUCUUCUUGGGCAGGCUGGAAAUGCUGCUUCACUUUGGGAUCUCUCAGGACUUAUUAAAAGCAGCCGGGGUCGUGGGAAGCCUUGGUAUGGACUCAGGCAGGCGCUGGAAUUCUCUUCGACUUCAAGCUUGAACCUCAAGAUGGUUUGCCAGCAGGAACACACGCAUGUUUCCUCUCUAUGCUGACUUUGCUCAGAGUUCUUCAGCUACCUGGAAAGGCACAGCUCUUAAAGUUAGGGAUGACUGGGGCAAAGUGUAGAAAAUCGCCCAGAGAUCACGGCACACACUCCAUUCCAUGUCUUUAGUGCAUCACUCCUCAGUUGAUGGCUGGAGAAACAGGUGCACAGCCAGGGACAGCGAGGACCACGUUCUGGCUGCCACCACUCACCCAGGAACAGUGAACCCCACAGUGACUCACUACUCUGAGAAUCACUGCACAGACCAUUUGCCACAAGUGCCUUCUUACUUCCAGGACCCCGACCUCUUGAGGGCAAGGGUUAGGGUUAGGACUAUGGUUACUGUUAGGUAUGGAUUAAGAUUAGGAUUAGGGCUAGGAUUAGGGCUAGGAUUAGGGUUAGGGUUAGGUGGGGUUAGGUUUAUAGUCUGAAAGCUUCCUAUAUUUUAACAUUAACCCCGACCUUAAUUCUAAACGUAGUUUUGGCAUUAGCCCUUUUCCUAGACAUAAUCAUAGCCCUUAUGCUAAAUGUAAACCUAACCAUAGACCUAAACUUAAUCCUAACUGUAAUCCUAAACCAAGUCCUAAUCAUAGCCCUAGACCUAAACUUUAAUGUAAACCUAACCCUAACCAAAACCAUAGCAUUAACCCUGUCUAGCCUUACCAUAGCUGUAAACAUAGCUUUGCAUCAGCCUUAAACCUAAAUCUACCCAUUAUCCUAACCUGAAACCUAACUAUAGCCCUAGCCAUAACCCUUAUUUUAACCCUUACUCUAGCCUUCACAUUAACCCAGAACCUAACACUAACAUAAGCCUUACCCUAGCCCUUACACAAACCCUAAACCUAGCCAUAAAGCUAAUCCUAUCCAUAACUCUAGCCAUUGACCUAAAACUAGCCCUAGCGUUAGCCUUAAACUGACACAGACCAUAAACUUAGCCCUAGUCCUAAACCUAAAGCUAGCUCUAUAACAGCCUAAACCAGAUUGAGUUGGGGAUUUUGCUCAGUGAUGCUGAUGCCUGCCUAACAAGUGCAAAGACCCGAGUUUGAUCCUAAUACAAAAAAUACAAAAACUAGGCGUAACAAUAGCAUAGCACUUGCCGUAAUACUAAAUCUUAACCCUAAGCCUAACCUGAAAUUCUAACCUUAAAUAUAAGCAAAUUGUAAGUGUAAACCCAAAAAUAACCUGAACUCUAACCUUAGCCCUAGUCCUAGUACGACACCUAGUGAUAGCCCUAACCCUAACCUUAAAUCUAAACCUCAUGAUAACCUAAAAGUAAACAGCCAAUGAUCAAAUUGUAACUCUAAAACCUGUACUAACCCAAUCCUAACACUAAACUAGUCAGAAUACUAACCCUAACCGUGAAUUUAUCCCUAACCAUAAAUCUCACCCUAACACUUUCAACCUAACCCUAGUCCUAGCCCUAGGCCCUAACCCUAACCUUAACCCUAACCCUAACCCUUAGCAAAUUGUAAAUUUAAACUUAACCCUAGACUUCCGCUCUGGCCCAGCCCUCAGCUGUAGCCUUAGUCUUACUCUGUACCUAACUCUGAUCCAGACCCUAAUCUUCAGCAAGAGUCCCAAAGGCCCAAGAGGCAUCCAUACUACGGAAUUCCCUGUGGUGUUGGAACUGGGCCAUGAUUUCACUGACAUUCGCUUACCUUCGGGGAGGGGGAAAUAGGAAGCUGUUCAUCCUGCCCCAGCGGCCUCUCCAGAUUUUAAAUAUUCCAUCCUGUUUGUGGCUCUGUUGGUCUUUUUCGUGUUUCCAUCUUGUC